CAAUGGGCUGAAAUCAUGUUUGACCCAAACAUUCCCACACGUGAGGGAAUAACUUUUGUAAUCAUAACGAUUCUUUUUAGUGUUUUGCCCUCGUCUGUUGAAAUGCAGUCUCGGUAACGUUCGUGCACAUUUAACCGGGUCGGACUUCGGCUGGUGUCGUUCGCCGGUCUCCGGUGUGGACGUUAAGACGCGUAUCUUGUCGGUAAAACGCCGUCAAGACGUUUUAUCGUCAUGUGGCUGUGGCUGAGAUCCUGUCAGCGGUGUAACCUGGGCGGUGUGGUGACACGGAGAGUUUCACAGUGUCCCAGAAGUACGCGGGAUAAACUCCAGGUGAGCGCCGCCAUUAGAAGUUGUUGCUCCGCGGUUCAGGGGGAAGUGAGGGUCAGGUUUGCGCCCAGUCCGACAGGCUUCUUACACCUCGGAGGCCUCCGAACUGCUCUCUACAAUUACAUCUUUGCAAAGAAGUUUGGAGGCGCGUUCAUCCUGCGACUGGAGGACACUGAUCAGAGCAGAUUGGUACCAGGAGCAGCAGAGUCCAUAGAAGACAUGUUAGAGUGGGCCGGUAUACCUCCAGAUGAGAGUCCUCGCCAAGGUGGGCCGGUGGGUCCAUAUCUGCAGUCUCAGAGAUUAGACCUGUAUAGCCAGACAGCCCAGCAGCUUGUCAAGAAUGGUCAUGCCUACUACUGUUUCUGCAGCCCGCAGAGACUGGAACUACUCAAAAAAGAGGCUUUGAGGGCCGGACAGACUCCUAGAUAUGACAACAGGUGUCGCCACCUUCGGGCUGACCAGGUCAAAGAGAAGCUGGCUCAGGGAGCGCCACAUGUGAUCAGAUUUCGUCUGGAAGAGGGCGUCGAGCCUUUUCAGGAUCUGAUCUUUGGAUGGAAUCGUCAUGAGGUGGCCCAGGUGGAGGGGGAUCCUGUGGUGAUCAAAGCAGAUGGUUUUCCCACCUACCACCUCGCUAACAUAGUAGAUGAUCAUUACAUGAAGAUCACCCAUGUUCUGCGGGGGUCUGAGUGGCUCAUCUCCACCUCCAAACAUCUCCUCAUGUACCGAGCUCUUGGAUGGAAGCCACCCACCUUUGGACAUCUGCCACUUCUGGUGAACAAAGAUGGUAGUAAACUGUCCAAGAGGCAGGGGGACAUAUUCAUCCAGAGCUACCAGAGAGAAGGGAUCCUGCCUGAGGCCCUUCUGGAUAUCACUACCAACUGUGGAUCUGGAUUCAGCACCAAUCGAACGGGGAGGAGGAUAGAUGAGCUGAUUUCUGAGUUUAAUGCUUCAAAGAUCACAACUCAUUCUGCUUUGUUAGACCUGGAAAAACUACCAGAAUUCAACAGAAUCCACCUGGAGCAGCGUAUUGAAAACGAGGAGCAGUGUCUUUUACUGAUUAAAGAUCUUCAGAUACAAAUCCAGCAGGCGUACGCAGCAGAGAUCCAGGAUGAGGAAGUCCUGCGUGAGGAUUACAUCAGGCGGGUGCUGCAUCUUCGUAAGGGUCACAUAUCCUCCCUAAAGGAGCUCGUAGGUCCUGGUUAUUCUUACCUUUGGGUGCGUCCUUCCUUCUCCAGCCAGCAAGUGGCAGCACUCACCUCAGAAGCCCGGCACAUUGCCUCACUAGUGCUGAAACUGAUAGAAGAGCGAGGCGAGGAGCUGGCAGUGGAUCAGCUCAGUAAAGAUCUGAAGACUUUGGCUAAACAGACUAAAGCCACCAAGUACCGAGAAGUGAUGAAGCUGUUACGUCUGGCACUCAGCGGUCUGCAGCAAGGUCCCAGUGUAGCUGAGAUGAUGGUGUCUUUGGGGCCUGCAGAGAUCAGCCAUCGGUUCGAGAAACUCCUGCUGCUCUCAGAGACCAGUUAAAGACGGGACAGCCUGUCACCUCAUGGACUGGUGUGAACCUGAAGACAAGAACUGCUGUUAAGGACGUGGCCUGUAUGUUGAGAGUUAAACGUCUGACCUCGCACCGAUUCUGUCAAAGCUAACUGGGACACAUUUAAAAUGAACUGCACCCCACUGGUGCAAGUUAAAUAGUACUUGAAUCACUGCAGAUAUUUUAUAAAACAGCUGAAAACUUAUUUUACACACUGUUUUAUUCAUUGGUGUGAGGCUUUACAGGAUCAGGUGACACCAUGGGCUUAAAGAUGGGAAGUACCUGGGUAUUCUGUAUGCAAAUUAUCUUGUGCUUUACUUCACAAGAACUGUUUUAACGAACUCCAGUGUACAGAUGCAUUGUAUAGCCACGAGGGAAAACACUUCCAAUUCAAACAUGAAAAAGUCAUAAAAUACCAGUCAUGCAAAAAACAGGGGACACAACCCCCCACCCCCCCCCACCCCCCCUCCCUCCCCCCUCCCUCCCCCCUCCCUCCCCACACACAGAAAAUAGCAGUGGAUGCUUUUGGGAAAAAAAUCACGUCAUAAAUUAUUUGAAUUACUGCUGACUCUUUCUCAUGAAACAUAUAUAUUUAAUGUUACAUUACUGCUCACCUGUUUCACUUUAAUCUCAUAGGAUAUUGUAUUAAAGAUUGAAAGCUUUGCCAAAUAAUAUCAAAUAAUUAUCAUAUCUUGUUAAAAUAUCAGCUAUAGCCAAAUUUUUAAGUAUUUAAAUAAUAUAUUUGUGUUGUGAUUCAAGACUCAGUACUCAGAGAGUCCUGCCUUCAAAAUUUUACUUAAAGCAUUAUCACCUAAAUAUAAUUAAAGCAUCAAAAGUGGAAGGACCCAUACAGCAGAAUAUGGCCUCUGUCAAAGAAAUGAAGUGAAAAGAAGUAACUGUAACCCCUGCAACAAACAGACAUUCAAACGUGAGCCUUCCUCUUUAAAUGUCACUUCAUUAACCCGUUAGAACAGGUCAAGACUUUUCAUAUUGAGCUGUCAGCUGAAGACAUUUCCUGAGCUGAUAAAUUCUCAGACUCUUCAAACCAU